AUGGAGUGCCGCAUUGCUGGAAUUUAUGGAUCUCUUCGUAGAGAUAGUUGUAAUAAACAAUUAAUUCUUCGAGCUCAGCAAUUAUGUGCUGAACAUGUACCUGAAGCUCGGAUUGAUAUAAUCGAUUGGAGUCAACUACCUGUUUUUAAUCAGGAUUUGGAAGAAGAUCCGCCUAAAUCGGUUCUUAAAUUUAAAGAAAUCGGAAAUUCUGAUGCAAUUCUUUUCUCUACGCCCCCAAGUAGAACAGGAAUUGGUAAUCGUGGUGAUGUUUUCUCCGAAAAACCUGCCGCCGUAAUUAGUACUUGUUCUUCAGGAACCG